AUGUCUCUGCACUACCUCCCCCCUGUCAAGCCUUCGGCCAUCGCCCUGGGUACUGUCUUCAACCACUCCGUUGAGCUUGCUAUCCUGACCCCUCUCUUCGGCCAAACCUACAACCGCGCCAAGGCUGCCAACACCAAGGAGGAGUUUCUGCGCUCCAAGGAGGCUACCGGUGCCGCCGUCGCCUGGGGUACCUCGCUCGUCGGCUCUGCCCUGCAGUCAUAUGGCGUUGGUGCUCUGAUCAAUGCCACCGGCACUCUGUCCUACAAGGGCGCCGCCUACCUCGGUGGCCUGAUCUUCGCUGCCACCUCUGCUCCUACUUUCCUCGCUCAGCUCUUCACCGAGAAGCGCCCCGCUGACACCGUCGCUGUUGCCGGUCUGGCCAAGCUCUUCGAGACUGUCGGUCUCGCAACCAUCUUGACCUGGUGGGGCACCAGGACAAACCCCUUCGAGUAA